AUGAAGGCAAUCAGUGUCGCAUUGUAUUUCACCAUACUCGCCGUGGUUAGCGCUCAACCAGGCUACAAAUAUCAACAACCACAAGCCGGACCAUCUGCGCCCAUUGUACCAGCUGUGAGUCAUCAGCAUCAUCAUCAUCAUCAUCAUACAGUACCGCAAGCAGGUCCAGCUGCACCCAUUUCCAGUCCCAUUUCACCACCACCACAACAACCAAGCGCACUCUACUCCCCAGUGCAGUCACCACCAUUGCAAACAUUCAACCCAUCACCAUCGAUUCCAUUGCAACCACCAUCACAAGAGAUCCAUUUGCCAGAACCACAAGCGCCACCACAACAAAACUACUUGCCACCGCUCCAAAACGGUGGAGUGUCAUCAAUCUCACAGAGCCAUCAGCAACAAUUUGUGCAACAACAAGUGGUACAACAGCAGGCGCAAUACGGUGCUGCGCAACUUAGUCAGCCAAUUCAGCCACAACAACAAUUCGGUGCUGCGCAACUUAGCCAGCCAAUUCAGCCCCAACCACAACAACAGCUGGGUGGCGGUGCUUUCGGCUUCCCCUCCGGCGGUCACGGUGGUUUCCAACAGAACUUCCAAUCAUUCCAGCAACCACGUCCACAGACUGCCAUCAUCACUAAGGAUAUUUACAUCCACUCAGCACCCGAAGACCAGGAAGAGACUUUGCUCGGUCAACAAUUCGAUAAUGCCCCAAUUCGCAAGAAUUAUCGCAUCGUCUUCAUCAAGGCACCAACACACAAUAUCAAAUUGGCCGGCGCAGCUUUGAGACACGCUCAGAAUGCUAAUGAAGAGAAGACCGUCAUCUAUGUGUUGUCGAAGAAACCCGACUUGUCCGAGGUGCAACAGCAAUUGCAACAGGCUCAAGGUGAACAGAAAACACACAAGCCUGAAGUGUACUUCAUCAAGUACAAGACUCAGGAGGAGGCUCAACGCGCCCAACAGGAAAUCCAAGCUCAAUACGAUGCUCUUGGUGGUUCUACGCACAUUUCCGAUGAGGGUAUUGCUCCCCUUACAUCCGUCUCUGGUGGUUCUCUGAACUUGGGUGGCAGCAUUGGCCAGCAACAUUCACAUUCGUCCUUCGUGCAGCAGAACUUCCAAUCGGCUAGCAACUAUAAUUUGCCCACCAACAAAUACUUGCCCAUCAAGAAGAAGUAA